AUGAGUGAACUUGAUCCCAAGAACGAAACCAACAAUGCCACAGCAACCGAUGAUGUUGUUCAAGACAAAGAAGAUAAACCUGUUGUCGAAGAGGGCGAUGCCAAUGCUGAAGUUGACAAGGAAUUGGAGGCCAUGAAGCAGCGUGUCAAGGAGAUGGAAGACGAAGCUGCCAAACUACGUGAAAUGCAGGCAGAGGUGGAAAAAUCCAUGAACCCUGAGGAAGAUAAAGAAGCCGUUGACGCACGGUCUGUCUAUGUUGGCAAUGUGGAUUAUGGGGCAUCACCCGAAGAAUUACAAGCUCAUUUCCAAUCAUGCGGUACCAUCAAUCGUGUCACUAUCUUAUGCGAUAAGUUCACUGGUCAUCCUAAAGGCUUUGCCUACAUUGAAUUUGCCGAGCCUGAUUUUGUGAAUGCUGCCGUUGCAUUGAAUGAGAGCCUUUUCCGUAACCGUUUACUCAAGGUGUCUCCCAAGCGUACUAAUGUCCCAGGAUUUACUCAACGUGGACGUGGACGUGGUGGAUUCCGUGGUGGAUUCCGAGGCGGUAUGAUGCCUUACUAUGGGCAUUCACCCAUGUAUGGCUAUCGUGGCCGUGGAAGAGGACGUGGCCGAGGUUUCUACUAUUCGCCCUAUUAA